AUGAACAGGGACAAGCACUCUGUGGUGUCUGAAUUUGUGUUGCUGGGACUCUCCAAUUCUUGGGAGAUUCAGAUUUUUCUUUUUUGCUUUUCUUGUCUUUUCUAUGUGUCCGGUGUGAUGGCAAACCUCAUUGUAGUGGUCACCAUAACCUCUGACCCUUACUUGCACUCCCCCUUGUAUAUUUUGCUGGCCAACCUCUCCAUCAUUGACCUGAUAUUUUGCUCCAUUGCGGCACCCAAGAUGAUCUGUGAUAUUUUCAGGAAACAGAAAGUCAUUUCCUUUGGGGGCUGUGUAGCUCAGAUCUUCUUUAGCCAUGCUGUUGGGGGCACUGAGAUGGUGCUGCUCAUAGCCAUGGCCUUUGACAGAUAUGUUGCCAUAUGUAAGCCCCUUCACUACCUGACCAUCAUGAAUCCAAGAAUGUGCAUUUUGAUUCUAGUGGCUGCCUGGGCCAUUGGUCUCAUUCACUCAUUGGUCCAAUUGGCUUUUGUAGUAAACUUGCCCUUCUGUGGCCCUAAUGUGUUGGACAGCUUUUACUGUGACAUACCUCAGCUCAUCAAACUUGCUUGCACAAAUACCUAUAAACUGGAGUUCAUGGUUACUGCUAAUAGUGGGUUCAUUUCCUUGAGUGCUUUCUUCUUGCUCAUCCUCUCUUACAUCUUCAUUCUGGUCACUCUUCAGAAACACUCCUCAGGAGGCUCAUCCAAGGCUCUCUCUACUCUGUCAGCUCAUAUUACUGUUGUGGUUUUAUUCUUUGGACCGCUGAUUUUUUUCUAUGUAUGGCCCUCUCCUUCAACACAUCAGGAUAAAUUUCUAGCCAUAUUUGAUGCAAUUUUCACUCCUUUUCUGAAUCCAAUCAUCUACACAUUCAGGAACAGGGAAAUGAAGAUUGCGAUAAGGAGAGUGUUCGGUCAAUUUAUGGGUUUUAGAAAAACUACUUAA